AUGUCGUUAUCUUUCUCAAAGUUUCUGUUGCCAUGGGUGUUGAUUUUAUUUUUAGUGCACAAUGUUCUUGGAGAACGUGUGAUUGUAACUAAUCUCUUGGAAAACAAUUUAGACGUAACUAUUCAUUGUAAAUCUGCAGACGAUGAUCUUGGAGCCCAUCUUCUUCGUCAUGGUGAAAGUUUUAGUUGGCAUUUUGGACUUACUACUUUUGGAACCACACGAUUCUAUUGUGCCUUUCAUUUUGAUGUUGCGGUAGCAAAUGAGGCCACUGAAAUUACGGGCAUUGUAGUUGUUGCAAUGCAUACAUUGUCACAACCGAAAUACCCUUAUGGUGUAAAGUGGUCUAUAAUUUAA